AUGUAUCGAACCCCCUCAUUUUGGAACCUAGUGGCAUACAGGGGCUCUAUUACCUACCUGUGGCUUACCCUACCCCUGCAAUCCUGGGUAUCUAAAUUGACAUCGUCCUCGUGUUCGCCGUCAACUAUAUGGGCAUUGGUACUCCAUCCCUAUUUACCAGCACUUUGCAUUAUUUUUCUCUUCUACUGCAUAUCAUUUCUACUUCUAACUCUCGCGCAAAAGUUAUUUGUUUUCUACACUAGAUAUAUUUUCGAGACAUAUUCCUAUGUCGAGGAGUACUCGAUCCCCUGGCCCUGCUUCUUCAUGCACUCCGCAAUCCAUAGCAAGGCCGAUCAGAGGAGUAUAGAAAGCGGCAUAGAGAGGGAAGCUUCGCGACUACAGCUGAUCAAAUGGCACAUACAUCUAACGGAGGAAUUGGAUUUGAUACGACGGAUGUAUCAUAGGGUACGACUAAUGAUGUUUAGCCCCCCAUUAGACGAGUCAGUGGAGAUUUUCGAGGGUGAAUUCAGUGUGAGGUGGUUUGAGGGAGGGAGGGGAAACGCCCUUCGUGUUAGCAUGGAGCGUGCAACUCCCUUCACUGCGAAGUAG